UGCGCUGGGAGACACUUAAAAGAAUUGGAGGAUCGAUCGGUUUUAUGAGGAAAGAAAAGAUGAAAGACAUUGCGAACAGCCCCAAAUCAUCAUCAAAGACUGCUCUCAUCCAAGUCACCAUCUGUUUGAACUGCUGGCUCCGGGAGGAGAUUUCCUCUGACGCGGUGUCACCGUGUUAUGGUUCCCCCCGCCGUGUAGAGACUUCACGUGAAGCACCGUGGUCCGUGUGCCGUUUAUAGAAUUUUAUCCAACCUUUUGUGUGUGUGUGUUUUGAGAAUGCAUCUAACACAAAAGCUGGAGCUUUUCCCCGACCACAGAGUGACCCAGAUGCUCUUCAAAGAAGUCAAAAAUGCUGCAGAGCUGAAAAAAAGCGCCAUGGAAGGGAAAAUAAACGGUGCCUUGAUCAACCCUACGAUGCUGGUGGAUCCUUUUCAAGUGCUGGUAGCUGCCAAUAAAGCCGUUCACUUAGAGAAAAUAGAAAAAAUGAAGACAAGAACUCUUUACUCGGAGAUCAUCUUCAAUCUGUCCCCUACAAAUAAUAUCUCAGAGGCCUUUAAAAGAUUUGGGAUCUCAGAUGGUGAUGACUCCGUUCUGAUCGUUAUGGUUGACAGCAAAGAUGAGUCCCAGGUCGUGUCAGACAUUGCAGCCAGGGUGGAGGGCCGGCAGGUUCCAGUGGAAGAGAUUUCUUCACUGUCAGACCACGCAAAGAUCAAAAAGCUGUACAAAGUCACUCCCCAGGAGGAGAAAUGUGGGAGUCUGCUUGAUGCGGUCGUAUGCAGAAUGGCCACCAAGGAUGUUAUGUAGGUUCGGCGGGAUAUACUAGGUGCGAUUAGAAACUUCUGUGACUUUUAUGACUUCACCCUUAAAGAAAUGAAAGACUACGCUUUGAGCUCCACUUCAACACACUGUCCUUGUGCAGGACUGGACUACUUCCAGCACCGCUGCUAUUUUUAGAUCACUCCUUGAACGUCUCAUUCUGUCCACUGGAGCAAUUCAAACGUUAACUUCUGUGUCAGGCUGAAACAGCUUUGACUCGGAGGGUCAUCAAAGGUUAUGAGAGCGGCUUGUCCACCUACAGCCCACCGACCAAACAGCACACAAUCCAAAAGCAACGCAUCAGGAUCUAGACGAUUUUUUUCCCCAGCAUUCAUGCGUUGUGCACCAAGGUCAGACUUAUUCAAGGAUCUAAUAUCCUGAGGCAUUCAAGGGACGGCAUUUAGUAGAAAUGACGUAAAUCUGUACACUGUAAAUCGAAAACACCAAAGGUUGGGAUUUUUUGUAGCUCACCACUGGUUACAUACAGCCAGAUACGACUCUGUUCUCUAAAAUGAAGCCAAAUGUAACAGAUUCAUGCAGUGUUGCACCAGAGACCACCUUCGAGGGGGGACUGUUUUUGUUUUUGCAGAGUUGCAGAACUUUAUGAUCACACCUUGUAAGACCAGGAUAUACCUAAUAAUAUCUGAGAAAAUGUGUUUUUUUUUCUCUUCACAGCAGUUUAACAAUAGAUCCGUUGUCAAUAGAUCUAUGUCUGUUUUUAAUACUAGCCCAGCACACUCUUAAGUUUAAACCAACAAAAAUUGUCAGUCUUGAUCUGUGUACACUGGGCUCAGUCAAAAUAAAUCUUAUUUUUCUUAAA